AUGGCACUGAAAAGAAUUCAGAAGGAGCUUCAAGAUUUGGGUAGGGAUCCUCCAGCACAGUGUUCAGCCGGGCCAGUUGGUGAUGAUUUAUUUCACUGGCAGGCUACCAUCAUGGGUCCACCAGACAGUCCAUACCAAGGUGGAGUAUUUUUUUUGACGAUUAACUUCCCAACGGACUAUCCUUUCAAGCCUCCAAAGAUACACUUCACAACGAGAAUAUAUCAUCCAAAUAUUAAUAGUAAUGGCAGCAUCUGUUUGGAUAUAUUACGCUCACAGUGGUCUCCAGCUUUGACUAUUUCAAAAGUGCUGUUGUCUAUUUGUUCUCUGUUGUGCGACCCAAACCCAGAUGACCCACUAUUGUAUUGCCGCAAUAAACACCGAUUCCUGUCUCUUGUUGACCUUUUUUUCUCUCUCCCCCUCCCUAUCAGUUUAUGUAAACUGACUUCUGUAUAA